GUCGAACAGAGCGCAUGCGCUACAAUUUACAUUACCAUGGGUGGGACGUCUGAAUGAUUAAAGGCAGCGUGAGGUCUUUUUUAGCUUCCCCUGUUGAGUGUCCGACGUUGUCAGUCCAUACAGUUGACUAUGGCGGAGGCAGACAGGCCUGGAAAGCUUUUCAUCGGUGGCUUGAACACUGAAACUACAGAGAAAGCUCUUGAAAGCUAUUUCAGCAAAUUCGGCCGGAUAUCUGAAGUUCUGUUGAUGAAGGAUCGUGAGACCAAUAAGUCCAGAGGGUUUGCUUUUGUGACUUAUGAGAAUCCUGGUGAUGCAAAAGAUGCCGUGAGGGAAAUGAAUGGAAAGGCCCUGGAUGGUAAACCCAUCAAAGUAGAGCAGGCCACAAAGCCUCAGUUUGAGUCGUCUGGCCGUCGAGGCCCCCCAUCAUCAGUGCAUCCACGCAGUCGUGGUUCUCCUCGAGGGCAACGUGGGUCCAGAGGGGGUCCCAGUGGAAUGCGGGGCCCACCAAGCAGAGAACCUUUCUUUAAAGGGAUGUCAUCCAGAGGACCCCCACCAAAAAGAGGACCACCCAUGCGCAAUGGAGGGCCACCACCAAAGCGAUCAGCACCUUCUGGGCCAAUGGGCAGACCACCGAUGUCUAGAGAUCGGGAUCCUUAUGGUCCUCCUCCUCCUCGCAGAGAUUCUCUUAUGUCAAGAAGGGAUGAUUACCCAUCCCCACGUGAUGAUCACUACAGUGUUAAAGACAGCUAUUCUAGUCGGGACUACAUGAGCUCAAGGGACAACCGGGACUAUGGGCCUCCACCACGUGAUUAUUCAUAUCGUGAUUAUGCAUCCCAGUCGAGUUCCAGGGAUGAUUAUGGUUCAAUGUCUCGAAGCUACAGUGAUCGUGACAGUUACGGUGGAGGUCGUGAACCUAGAGGCUAUAUGGAGCGAACAACUGGAGGCUCCUACAGAGAACCCUAUGAUGGUUACGGUAACUCACGCAGUGCCCCACCCUCAAGGGGCCCCCCUCCAUCCUACGGUGGGAGUGGUGGAGGCAGUCGCUAUGACGACUAUGGCAGCAGUUCCAGGGAUGGCUAUGGCAGUCGCGACAGUUACACCAGCGGUCGGAGUGAGUCGUACUCUGCUAGCCGUGCCGAGCGCCCGGCCAGGCAAGACCUUGAGAGAGGCUACCCUCCUCGCCAAUACAGCAGCUCAAGCCGAGGCGCACCUCGGGGUCGUGGAGCUAAUCGAGCAGAUAGAGGAAUGAACCGAAGUCGGUACUGAGAUGGACUUUGAUGGAAAAGGGUUAGGUCACAUUGUGAGACAACGGAGAGGCUACAAUUUUAACUUCUAGAUAAACUUUAAGCUUCGGUUUCAUUCUGUACACAACCUUUUUGAGUUUUUUUAUUUUUUUUUUAUUUUUUUUUCCCCCCCCUGAGUGUUAGUUUGUUUCUUUUCCCCUGACCGUGUCUCGUUUAAUAGUACUGUUGCCAAUUUAAGUGAAGUGUUUAGUUUUGUGCCCUAGUGAUGUUAAAACCCUGCAAUGCCCAAGAGUAUUGUUUUUCAUUUAUCAAUAAAAGUUUUUAUCAAAACAUUCAUGCCCCACUCCUGUUCCAAGAGGACCCACAUAAAUGGUGAAAAUUGUCAUCUCCCAGCCUCAUUCACGGUGAGGCAAAGCUUAAACUUGAUCCGUUUUAGAUUAUGUGGAGAAUCUUGUUGACUUUUCAGUCUGUUGAGAACGAGACCAAUGUCUUUGCCAAAUUCUUUAUCAGUAUAGUUUUCCUCAGUGCAAAUGGAUUCCUCAUCACAAAGCCUAAACACUGACGGCUUACAACGACCAUUCCAAAGACAACCAAUAUGCAGGAAACAAUUCAACACCAGAUUAAACCUGACAUCAGCUGGUAAGCAAAGCAAAACCUUUUGUCUCUGGUCUAAGUGAACUUGACUCAAUGCUUUGAGUGGUAUCUCAACUAUAGGUUAGUUAGCACACCAUCUAUACCUCUUCUGGCAUUACAGACGAUAACCUGCAAUCUAACACUGUACAAUUAUUUCAUGCUUGUACAACCUGACUCAAAAACAAAGUCUGCAACCAAAGGAAUCUUUUGUAAAAAAAACAAAAAACAAAACAAAACAAAAAAAAAAAACAGUGGAUCAUUUGAAUUUAAAGGCCCAUAGUCUCAGGAAUGAAUGGGGAAACAUGGAUUUCCAACUCUACAACACCACAGUGCAAGUGACAAAUGGCAUUAUAAGGAUAUUAAGAUGAAGCUUCCUAACCUUGGACUAUUUCUACAAUGUAGUAAGUCCCCCUAAUAUCAAAUCAUAUCCAUACCAUUGUCAGUGGAACCUUAUUUAAGCUGUUGCUUUAGUUUUUACACAAAAGCCAAAGCCGUUCACAAGCAUGCCCAUUCUAACAAAGGACACGCCUGGAAAAGACACUUCUAAAAUUCAGCCUGGAAAAUAACUGGAAGCCAGUGAAAUUGGAUCCUUUUUAAUUCAAUGUUUGCUCUCAUGUACCCAUUUUUAAUAGAUAUUUGGCUACAGCAGUAUGUUAAUUAGAUGUUUCUUGUUGCAGGAUGAACACAACAGCCAGCUCAACAUGACCUGAGCUUGUAGUUCUUCAGUGCUGAUGGCUGCUUGGUUGUAGCUAUAUAUACUCGGCGUGUACAGUGAUCAGCAGAUCCAGAUUGAGUGAGUGUGCGCAUGGUUAAGUGAGUGAGACGUUUAGAUAGAACCGAGUCUAAGCUUGCAAAGUGAUGCAAUUUUGUGUUGGAUGCCUUUGUGUUGUAAGGGGUUACAUUUCUUCUUUUGAAAUAAACAUUUGCUCUAUUUUGAA